ACCAACAUCAUUUGUAGUUUCUGUCUUCAAUAGCAGAUUCAGUUGCAUAAUUAGGUCUUAUAACAUAUUCAAUAUUUAGAACCUGGUGAUUUACAUCUUGGAUCUUGCAACAUUUUAUCCCUUUUUCUGGAUAAAUAGAAAAUCCCACCUUCAUCGGUUAUUUUGAGGUUAAUAUUACCAGGCAUCACUGUACUUUUGCCCGAAAAUCAAAACGGUCCAUCUACUCUUUUUCGGUUCAAAACCGUCUUUCUACUAUUUGAAAUGCUUCGUGUUAGUCCAUCGUUAUACCUUUUCUAUUGUCGAUCGAUUUUUACUGACAUGGACAGGCAGAUUGCUGAUUUUGGCGUUUGAGUAUACUUAUCCUAUCAUGAUUUGCAAAGCUUCUUUUAGGUGGCGCAAACAGGUGCCACAUCAGCAACAUAAAAAUUAAAUGGGGCCAGGGCGCUCGAGCUUCUUUGAGCUCGUGGCCAUGGCUGCCCAAGCUUCAUACUCGCGGUCAUGGCCGCUCGAGCUUCCAAGUUUCUUCGAGCUCAGGGCCAUGGCCGCUCAUGCUUUGUUGAGCUCGAGAGCCAUGGCUGCUCGAGCUUUGUGCUCAUGGUCAUGGUAGCAAAUCGUCAUCAUGAGCAAGUAUUUACAAGUCAGAGGUUUUGCAUAGUUGGAGGUGUUGGAUUAUGUGGGUUGUGGUUCGGAUUUGGUAGGUUUUAAGUUGAAGAAGAAGAAGAUGAGUGCUGAGAGAGAGAUUGUCAAGGGAAAAAUAUCCACGCAGUAAAUUUUAACGGCGUUAGCGCCUCAUAAGCAAAUUCUGUCAUUGGCCUGAUUUACGAUGACUGGUGCACUUUUAAAGGACGGUUGUGAACAGAAAAAAAGGUGGACAGUUAAGAUUUUUGGGCAAAAGUGCAUGGAUCAUUGCAACAUUGAUGAGGUCAUUGCGAAGUUUGCUCAGUUAACUCCUCAGGAAAGGGCAAAAAGGAAGCUGGAGAGCCUUGAAGUUCUGAAGAAAACCUUUAAGAAGUUGGAUCAUGAUGUCAAUAUACAAGACUUCCUUGGUACAAGCAAUCAAACGGUCGAGGAAAUGACUAAUCAAGUAAGGCUGCUGCACAGUCAGCUAGCUGAAACGCAAAAGAGAUUGAGCUGCUGGAGGAAUCCGGAGAAGAUUGAUGAUGUAGAACAACUCAGGCAGAUGGAAGACUCGCUUAGGACCUCUAUAAACCACAUCCGACAGCACAAGGAAAAUGUUGGUAAGCAUCAAGCUAUGUCAUUGGAGCGAACAAAUCAGUUUGAAAAUGCUAUGCCUUUACCUUUCAUUAUGAGUGGGAUGCCAGAAGCACAGCCUUUAUCCUGGCUUCCAAUAAAUGAGAACCAACACUUGCUAUUCCAAAACGACCCUCACUAUCUUCCUGAAGGACCCAUUGACGGCUCCGCAGAUGUCUCCCUCCCAGGGUGCUCUGCUUACUUUGGAGUGGAUAAGCACCCCGAAAUCGGAAAUUUAGGGCAAGUUCAAAAUAUGGUACAAGAAGGCUGUAUUUUGAAUGAGUUAAACAGGAAUGCAUGCUUAAGUCUCCAAGUUGGUGAACAAUAUCCAUAUGCUCCAUAUGGCAACCUAACUUUACCAGAUGAGAAGAAAAUGAAACAAGAGAUAGGAAUGAACUUCCAAGGACACCAUGUAGAUUAUCAAGUCGCAAGCAAUAAGAUGGAACAAGAGAUAGAUAUGAGUUUACAAGGACAUCCCGUAGAUUAUCAAGUUACAAGCAAUAUUGAACUGCAGAGGCCAAUAUAUGACAAUGGGCAUCAUCAUUGGUGUUCAGUUACUGCCCCCUGUGGAAUUGCUAUGUAUAACGGAAACCCCUUCAAUCAGCAAUCCGAUUGACGAUGUUCACAAGUCUACCUUGUUUCUCCUAUACUGAGACUGGUAGCUGAAGGCAUAUUAUUUGCAUCAGAGUUGAAGGUUUUCUCCAAAUAGUUACUCUGAUGUUGGAUUAAAGUGCACGGGUAUGAGAUGGAAAACUUGUUCCAUGAAGAGAAACCCAAGAUAUCACGUGGCGGCAGGUCCUUUUUGUAAUUUCAGCUGCAGGAUUUGUAAAUAAUGUAUUCAAUAUAGGAGCACAGAUUUAUAUACUUUGUAGGUGGGAUGGCUUUUGCAAUUCAUCCCUGUUUCUCCUUUGUAUACCAAUCCCAAAGAAAUCUCUCAUUUUCACUGUAAAUGAAACUUUGCUAGAAAGAAUGGAUGUAAGCAUACAUAAAUUCACCA